GUCAAGCUUGCGGGGUACAUCAAAUGGGACGGGGAGCCGCCCCCUCUCACAGUGUUCCUUCGGCCAGUUCUUGCGCAGGCGCGGGCGGCCCCCAGGGCAGAGCUCUCGGAUAGCGCGACCACGCGAGACAACGAUGAGGAGACAGAGGAGGUUCUGGUUGAGGCAGAAGGGCCGUCAGCCUCUUCCAAAGCUGCGCUGCCCAGGCUGGCUCCCAAGCCAAAGGUACGCUCCGACCCGCCGCCGGCUGUCAAGCCUGUCAAAGCUAAGUCCAUGCCGAAGGGCCGGAGGACGCCUAUGCAGGUCACAGCCUUUCCGGGCCCUGGACUGCAGGCCACUUUUCUCCGGGAGUCCGACUCGGCGGAGGGCACGGUGGUGGCGGUCACAACCGACACCAUUCAGGUGCACUUGAAGGACGGCUCCUAUGGCGAGCUCACGGUGCCGGGGUCCUUCCGAAAGUCUUUUCGGUGUGGGGACGUAGUCAAGCAAAUGGAAGUGGUGGGGAUGGAACCGGAGCAGCCCAUCCUCCUGGCGCUGACACGCCCGGCCCUGGCGGUGGACGGAGUGGACAUAGACCUGUCUGCCAUGGAGAGGCCGAAGGGCUAUGCCAAAGAUGCCCAGAAGCACAAGAC